CGAGCCGCAAAGGAUUGUGGGGAAAGUAGCACACACCGAGCACGGUCGCCAUAUUUGCUUGAAUUGAGUAACUUAUAUUGGAGGGAGAAAAUAAUCAACACCGCGCGGGUUUCUGGUUGAAAUUCAGCCCUGGUUUUUCUUUUGCUUGAGGGAGAUAUAAAGGGGACACUUCGGGGCUUUUGUUAGUCUUUCACUUUGGUUCCUAACGCGGCUUAUAGGCGCAGGAAUGGGGCGCUCCAGGAGCCGCAGCUCGUCGCGGUCGAAGCACACGAAAAGCGGCAGCAAGCACAGCAAAAAGCGCGGCAGCCGCUCCAGGUCCCACUCCCGAGACCGCGAGAGGAGCAGCAAGAAACGCUCGAGGUCCAGGGAGGCCAAGAGGAACCGGCGGCGAGAGUCGCGCUCCCAGUCCCGGUCGAACAGGGAGCGGGCCAGGGCAGCGUCGCCUGUGGACCGAGUGGACAUGUUCGGGCGUACUCUGAGCAAGCGCACCGCCGCCGAGGAGAAGCAGCGAAAGGAGGAAGAGGAGAAGAAGGCUGAGAUGGAGAGGCAGAGGAAGAUCCGCCAGCAGGAGAUCGAGGAGCGUCUGAUCGAGGAGGAGACGGCGCGGAGGGUGGAGGAGCUGGUGGCACGGCGAGUCGAGGAGGAGCUGGAGAAACGGCGUGACGAGAUCGAGCGCGAGGUGCUGCGGCGCGUCGAGGAGGCCAAGCGCAUCAUGGAGGCGCAGCUCCUUCAGGAGCUCGAGAGACAGAGGCAGGCCGAGUUGAGCGCGCAGAAAGCCCGUGAGGAGGAAGAAAAAUCCAAACGGGAGGAGCUGGAAAAAAUUUUGGAAGAAAACAACAGAAAGAUCGCUGAAGCUCAGGCUAAGCUGGCUGAGGAUCAGCUGCGCAUAGUGGAGGAGCAGCGAAAGAUCCAUGAGGAGCGAAUGAAGCUGGAGCAGGAGAGGCAGAGACAGCAGAAGGAAGAGCAGAAGAUCAUCCUGGGGAAGGGCAAGUCCCGACCUCGCCUCUCCUUCACGCUCAAAGCCACAGACUGAUCGCUCUCUCACUCCGACCUCCUCCUCAUUUCUCUCUUUUCUCUCUUAUCGCUCUUUAUCUCUCUUGUUCUCUUUCAAUCACUGUCUCAGUCUUUGUUUCUGGAGCGAGACGUUUUCAAAGAGAGCUUACUCCUGGCCUCCGGGUUUCGAACAAACUUUCACGAACCCUCGGUUGGGGGGAAAAAUGUCACAACCCCCACCCCCCCCCAGACUCGAGGCCGGACUUUGCUGCCACCUUCACAGACUCUGUUUUAGUGGCUUUUAUGUUUUGCCAGUGCUGUGUAUAGGAUGCAUCCCCCUUUUUUUUUUGCCCCAUAAUUGUGGGGAAUUUUUUGUUGUUGUUUUUAUUACAAGACGUGUGUGUGUGUGUGUGUGUGUGUGUAUGGGUGCAUGGGUUACCUUGAGUUUAAAGAUUUAAGCACACUUUCUUUUCCACAGCUUGACUCUUUCAAUUUGUGUAACGAGAAUGAAAAUGGUGCGAGGAUGUAACGUAGAAAUGUCCCCGGGCCUGUCCUCCAUCGUGACCAUGUCGAUUGCAAUGUGUCCUCUCCUGAUUUGACCUUUUGACCUUGCUAAUGUGAGACAAAUGGGUGUGUGAAAUGUCUGUGCUUUAGACCGUACACGUGUGUGGGUUAUGCAAACGUCUACUGUUCUGUUCCUACAAGGACAUCUGGAGAUGCAGGUAAGAUCGGUUAGGGUGUGUGUGUGUGCGUGUGUGUGUGUCUGGAUGUUAGGAGCUAGCUUAUAUCGUGGACAGUUCCCCCCAUAUCCCCCAUCCCCAUCUUGUAAAUUGGAGCUGAGUCGUACAUUAAUAAAUCCUGCAAGUAGGCAGCUGUCAGACUGA